GUACUCGGUACUGAAGCGUGCUGCAUCAGCUGACAAGGCUUUAUGAUCAGAGUAUGUUGCAAGUGGACUAGUGGAGUGAGAUAUACAUUUUUGUUUCCACAAGUCGUUAAGGGUUUUCUUGACAGUUUGUUUGGUGCUAGAUGUUCUGUGAUGGCUGUCGACCUUAGUUUAGCCGUUGCUCGCCUGUUUGCUUUGAAAACGGCAAGAGGUGGCAUUUCAUUUCACCUUGACAAAUUCGCCCCCUCAUUUCUAGCCGUUGCAAGGCACCCAACGGCGCCCGCACCCUUGGCGUUUGUGCCCACCCUAACAAUAAACAAAGGAAAAAACGCGCAGAGAGACUGAUCCGUCCGUCCCCUUUGCUCUUCCCCAUUCCACUUCCCAGAAUCUAGCAACGGCCGGCAACUGCGACUUGCGAGUGGCGAUCACAUCCCACCUCAGGGCGCGAGUGAGUGAGCGAGUCAGUGAGAGUGGACGGCGGAGAGGAGAAAUGGGAGGCCUCAGAUCGAGGAUCCUCAGGACCCUGCAGUCCUUCCCCAACGCCGCCGCGCAGUCGUCCAACCUCCUCCUCGCGCUGCCUCUCGGUGCCGGGACCUCGCCUCAGCCGCCCGCGGCGCCGUGCGGCGGCCACCUCCAAGAACCGGCGCCGCAGGAGCCGCCGCUGGUCGAUGAAGCGGGGGCUGCGUCCGAGGUGCCCGGCGGCGGAGGCGAUGACGACGACGACAAGGAGAACGUCUCGCCGGGUGUCACCCCGCGCAAGGCCAAGAAGAUGAAGCUCAGCUCCGACCACCACGGCGAGGAGCCCGCUGAUGGCGCCACACGCUACCGCCGGCCGGACCUCGCCUCGGCGACGCUCUUCGACCCGGACCUCCUCGCCGCCUUCCGCCGCGCCGUCGACGCCUACGCGCAGGCCCUCGAGGCGGCCAAACGCCGCGACGACGACGACAUCGACGAUGGCGAGGACGGCGACGGGGACGGGGGCGGCGGCGGCGGCGAAGGAGGAGGACCGGGCGUCGCGGACCCCCUGGAGGCGUUCGAGCUGCGGUGCCCCCCGGGCGGCGAGCGCGCGGUGGUGCUCUACACCACGUCGAUCCGCGGCGUGCGCAAGACGUUCGAGGACUGCGCCCGCGUGCGCCGCCUGCUGGAGGGCCUCCGCGUCGCGUUCCUGGAGCGCGACGUCUCCAUGCACGCGCCCUACAGGGAGGAGCUCCGGGCGCUGCUGAUGUGCUGCGGGCAGGGGCAGGAGAAUGACGACGGCGGCGGCGCGCGCGCGUUCCCCCUGCCGCCGCGGCUCUUCGUGGACGGCCGGUACCUCGGCGGCGCCGAGGAGGUCGUGGCGCUGCACGAGCGGUCGCAGCUCCGGCCCGUGCUCCGCCGCGCGGCGCGCCGCGGCGCGGGGGAAGGACCGUGCGCGGUCUGCGGCGGCGCGUGGUUCGUGGUGUGCGUCGGGUGCAGCGGCAGUCAUUGGCUCCAUGACGCCGGCGGUGCCGCGGCCGCCAGCCGCGUGCCGUGCUCCGCGUGCAACGAGAACGGACUCAUGCCCUGCCCUCUCUGCAGCUAGAUCAAAUGGGGGAAAUGGCAUGGUAUGUGCAGCAACCUGAUUUGGGUCUUGGGGAGACAUUCUUUUGAUUAUUUCGUCAUGUGUACAAUAAUCCAUCCCAAUUAAAUCGCGCGUGUGAUUCUAGCUCCCGUCACCAAAUUACGCAGCAUACCAGUGGCUCAGUGGCUCCCGCUCCCAUGGUUGCUCUUGCUGCCGGGGAACUGAAGGGGAUCAAUUUUGCAGAGCAAGCUGUAAAUUGUUCUUUGUUCAUCCAUCAAAUUCAACAGACUAUUUAUUAAAAAAUCA